AUGUUCCCCGCCCGCUGCCCAGACAGGCCGACCCAGCACCCCCGGAAGCUCCCCGGCCGUGGCUACACCCCGGUGGUGUCCCCAAGCAAACUGAAUCAAUCAUACACAGCCGCCGACGAAGAUUGUUCGCCCAAGAGCAGGGAUCCGAUUCCCCAGCCGCGCUUCACUAGAGAGGUGUCUCCCUCGCCGACCCGGGGCGGCGCCGCCUCCCCCGACCGGCCUGCCUCGAGCUUCACAGGUGUUAGAACGCAGGGCAUGAUGGGGGGGAGGUCGGCUGACGCUGCUUCGCGCUUGUCGCCUGCGCAGCUGAGGGAGAUUCGAGAGGCGUUUCAGGUUUUGGAUCGAGACAAUGAUGGCUCUGUUGAUAGGGAGGACGUCGCGGAUGUGUUGUCGAAUGUUGGCCAGGACCCGUCUUCGCUCUCGCAGUUCUUCCCCCCGGGUUCGCCCCAGACGAUUAAUUUCCCGACGUUCCUGAAUAUACUAUCUACGCUGCUGGAUCCGCUUUCGUCGCGACAGGAGCUCGUCAAUGCCUUGGCGGCGUUUGAUGAGGACGAUAGCGGUCAGAUUGAUGUGAAAGAACUACGGGAUGCGCUGCUCCAUACGGCUCCCGAGGACGGGGAGCGGCCCCUCAGUGAGAGGGAGAUUAACCAGGUCUUGAGUGGGUUCACCGGUCGCCGCGCGUUUGGGGCUAAGAUGUCUGGAGGGGCGAAGAGGGGCGAUGUUUUCAAAUACCAUGAAUUCGUUGACGGGAUCAUGGGCGGUACGACGAACAACGCUGCGUCCCAGGGACGGGCUCAAUCGUAA